UACACAAUUGUCUCUCAAGAUUGAAACAUUUCAAAAUGAAAUACUUGAGCAAUAUUUUAUUAAUUAUAUGGUUAAUCUGUUUAGCCAAUGUCUACGCACAGUUGAUGCCAACUUUUGAAGGCGUGUGCCAAUUGAAGGGCGAUUGGUGUACCACAAAAUGCCAAAUUGCAGGCGGAAGCGGGGGCAUGUGUAAUAAGGUUGCUCUAUGCAUUUGCCGACCCUUGUGAGAAUGUUAAUAACGAAAAGAUUAAAUGAUUGAUUGAUCUUGAAAAA